AUGAUUCAAUCCAAUUUCCCAAUGGCACAACUGAACUAUUUGCUUGGAGAUUGUAAAAACUCAGUCACACCAUUAAAUGGAAUAAUUAUUGUCGAACUAAAACAAGAUGUUCCUCUAGUGCCUGCCUGCUUGGCUGAUAAUGAAACCUUCAAAAAUAAUAGGACUGGCUGGCUGAAAUAUAAAACAGAAGAUAUGGGAAAUAUACAUGAGAAUCUAACAGAAAGCAUGGGAAAUCUAACUCAGCUAACUAAUGACUCAAAUGGAGAAUAUUUAUGGGAACCAAGAGCAACGAAGCCUCUCACAGCUCAGCAAAAGAAAGCGCUUGAAAGGAAUGGCAUUUCGAUUCCGGUGAUUGUUGGGCAAAAUAACAGAGAAACAGUGUUUGGAAUGGGAUACGACUACAGUACUACUCCACCUGGUGUUAACAAAGUACUUGCGGUCCAUAGUUUUAAAAACAAGACCAAAGCGUUCUGUGAGUUGCUUGGCAUUUGUGAGAGAGGUGCCCACCCGACUGAUCCACCGACCACUCCGACAACUCCCACCACAACAGAACCUCCACCACCACCAACAACUCCAACAACUCGUCCACCAUCAACUACUUAUUAUGUUCCAGCGAUUCAGGAAGAUGAGGAGAUGAGCAGUUUCGAGAUUCCAUACGACAGAAAGGUUGUCAAGGGAGGAAGUGCGAAGAUUCAGAUUAUAUGGAUUCUAUUGAUUGCUUUUGUUUGGUUUUAA